GCAGUUGUCUCCUAGGCAGCUCUGGCAGCUGCAGAGGCAGUCGUAAGAAGCAGUUCGUUAGAGCCGUAGCGGGAAUCGUCAAGCUGGUCUAGACCGCGUGAAGUUGGUAGCUUUGGCGCUUUUGUGACACCACUUGUAGAUUCGUAGUAGCUGACACCAUUUUUUUUUUUUCUGCGCGGUGUGAUCACAUCAGGCGGGAGCAGUAUUUACACAGCGCUUCAUUUAAACAGCGUCGAAAAUAUUAAGUCAAGCGGUUAGACUAGCCAGUUUCGCACCAAGCUGCCCGAUGCAACGUCCCGUCUCGCAAGACGAUGCCGCCACAAUCAAAUUGUCUCUGCGCUACAGUAUAGAAAUUGGGAUAUCUGGCAGGGAGCCGGAAAAGACAGCGACGCCGAUGGCAACGAAGGUGUUCCGUGCAGUCAUCAUGGGUCCCCCGGGAUCGGGCAAAGGCACGAUAUCGGAGUGGAUCGUGCGAGAUUUUGCACUCAAGUACCUCUCUUGCGGAGAACUUAUGCGCCAGAACGUGCGGAAUAAGACACAGCUUGGGCUGGAGAUGGCGCCUUACAUGGAGAAAGGGCACCUGGUACCUGAUGAGGUGGUCACGAAGUUUAUCCUUCACGAGAUCAACAACACCUACAAGAAUGAACAUUGGCUGCUUGAUGGUUUUCCUCGCACUGUGCCGCAGGCAGAAGCGCUCUACAAGGACACAGAGCUGUCUUGUGUGCUGAAUCUGGCUGUACCUGAGGAAGAAAUCACGAAACGAAUUGAGGGGCGCUGGAUCCAUGCUGCCAGUGGUCGGACGUACCACACAGAAUUCAACCCUCCCAAAGUGCCCUUCAAGGAUGACGUCACUGGAGAGCCACUUGAGCAGCGUGCCGACGACAAACCUGCUACGGUGCGGGCCCGUCUGGUGGCCUAUCGAGCCCAGACUGAGCCCCUGCUAGCCUACUACGACAAGAAGGGCCUCCUGCACGAGUUCCACGGUACGAAGUCCAAGGAGAUCUGGCCACAUGUCUACAAGUACCUCAGCAGCGUUCGCAAGCCUGUCCGUGCACUGAGCAUAGACUGAAGGAGUGCGUCGCAUGCAGUCGGUGGUGGCAAGUCAUAUCACAUUGUUGACUGGUUGCUCCUUCGAAGAGGCCUUGGUGUCAAAACAAUGGACAGGCUUACGGCAUGCAUGCAUUCCAAAAUGUCAUUCCUCAUUGAAGAAGCCUUCUGAGGUGAGCCUUAAAACGCCGUAAAUUAGCAUCUGGCUAAAGGUCAGUGAAAACCAUGUUUCGUUUGGACUGCUAAUGCACUCGACUAUGCUUAAGAAAAGUUUUGAUAAGCGAAAUUGUUUGAGAAGCCUAAGAGUUGGGCACUUCUGCAUACUUUCCAUAAAUUGAGGCACACUGGCUAAGCCAGUGUGAGCAGUAUUUCAAAAGGACUUGUGCACUUCCCGUGAGCACAAUUUUUAUUUCUCAUAAUUCUCUAGAGUCGCGAGUAUUGACACAAUGGCAAUUGUUUCAACGAAGUGAACUAGAUGUUAUGCCACACAAAAGUGAGCAUUUUGGCGAAUACAGCGUCAGUAUACAGUCAACGUCUGAUUUUUCGGACUCCCUAGGGGCCGCGGAAACGUCAGAAAAAUCGGGCAGUCCGAAAAAAUGAAUCUAUACAUUUUACCGCCCCCCAUAGCUCAAAUUGCCACAGGCAUGUCCGAAAUAGCUCUGAAAGUGUGCGAGUACACUUACUAGGCCUAUCGGUGCUCUUACUGCGACAGGAGACGGCGGGUGCACGCGUGCAUAAUUAAGGAAUACAUACCGUGUUCCGUGACAAUUGCCCCUUCUCAUUCUUAGUAUGCUUCACCGUGUAACGCGGCUGUAUUGAGGUGAAGCUGACUUUUCGGAACCCGAUUAUCAGUGCGUUUUGCUUUUCGAGGUUCGAAGCCAUUGGCGAAGAUUACAAAGGCGGAGUCUGCAUCAUUGCUGACACCGCUGAAUUCUUUCAACGAAAAGCACAGCACUGAACAGCAAGAAACUUGGUAGCGAACGUCGAAGCAGGUAGGCCUAGCGUUGCCACCACCGCGGUGGCUAUUAGCCCCGAGAAAGAGGAAUGGCGCCCUCUGGCGAGUGACGUCACGGCCAGGACGCCGCUCGCUCCGGCUCGCUCGGCUGCCGCGCGCGCUCGUUCCCUUCGUGUAUGCUUGGGGUAUAGGUGGCUCGAGCCGUACGUAUUGAAGAAUAAGUCGGCUUCUUUCAGCUGCAAUACCUUAACCACAGUUUCUUCUUCAAAAGCGUGUGAGUCGAGAAACUUUGCGACUUGGAUAUCGCAAGCUAAGUAGCGUUAAAGGGGUCUACAAGGUUUUGCAAUGCAUAUAUGCGCCGUGUCUAUCGGUAAAUUUUGACUAAAAAGAGAAUAUCUGCAAAUUCAACGCGCGAAGUUGUGUAUGAUGCUUCGCUAAACACUUAACAUUCCUUUAGUAUUUAGCUAUGAGAGGUAUUGCAUUUUACGUGGAAGAAAAAUUUGGUAAUUGGCGUCAACAUGUUAUCCGAUAUUAGAAAGACACUGCCCAGCGAAGCUGUCAUCAUGAUUCCUAUUACUCUGUUGUGUUGUUCUAUUCAAAUAUGGCCAUUCAUUAAUGCGUAAAAAAAUAGUUAGGCGCGCAUUUCUUAUGAAAAUGUUUGCUGCUACUUUCAUCCCCCUCUGAAACAGGCCUCCAAAAAACGAAUUGCUCAUGGCUGCUAACACGACGGCGUGUCAUGUAGAGUAUUUACAUAUUUAAUUCACAAA